UCCAGUCAACUCCAAGUCCAAAACAGUUGCACCAUUUUUUCUCUGAUUCAAUUCUCCUCCUCCUUCCUCAUUAUUCUCAACCCUUCAAACCCCAAUCCCAAAUCAAUCCAAAACCCUAAUCCCAAAUUCCCUUCACCAUCCCCAAAUCCCAGCUCCACUCCCAUGGACCCUCAACACCAACAAUGGCGUCCCAGGCCCCCAAUCCCAGGUACCCUCUGCCCAAUUUGCUCAAUUUCUCACUUCCCCUUUUGCCCUCCGCCCCCGCCCUUCCCUCAAAACCCUCACGAUUCCCCCAACUCCUUCCAAAGAUCCGGCCUUGAUCCGUAUACUAUUACUCCGGCCCCGUUUCCAAAUCAAACGCCGUGGCAGAGAAACCCUAAUUUCGGAUACGGGAACUUUCAAGGCUUCGCGCCUCCUCCUCCGCCGCCGCCGCCGUACGAAUACGGUGGCAAUGGCUACGUUAAUGACGGUGAUAGGAGCUUUAAGAGGGCGAGGAUCGAUGACUUUGGUUCCGGUCCGGGUUUUGGGAGCGAGUUCAACCCGAAUAAUGUGGGGGGGAGUUUAUCAGAAGAUGAGCGACGAUUGAAGCUGAUUCACGAUCACGGCGGGGCCGGCUUAGUUUCAGUUUCUGGGAGUAAUCAGGGUUGUAAUGGCGAAACUAUUAGUUUGCAUAGUCAACAAGAGAGUGGAAAACAUGGUGUUAGUGUUAAUAAUAAUGGGAAUUUCGCUUUGAAUUCUAUAGUAAAUGAACCACAACAACCGCAUUGGCAACUACAUCCCAGCAAUGCAAUGCAGCGGCAUUCUUCGGCACAUUUGAAGCAUGAUUUUCAUGCCUCCGGGCAUCAACAUGGAGGCUACCUUCAUCCCCCAGCUUUGAGGCCAAUCAGUGGGCAGCCUCCUCUUCCUGUUACUCCACCGCCUCCUCUUCCAUCGAAACCGCCUGCUUCAUUGUUUCCUGUUCAUGUUGGUUCCUCGCCCAUGAUGUCUACAGCUUAUCAACCGAGUCCUGAAGCUGCUCACCACUCCAUGCCGCAGCCGCCUUAUUUCCAUAGUAAGCCAUUUUCACAUGUCUCUACUGGAUAUGUUAUGGAGUUUCCCAAGGAGUCUCAUGUUUUCCAUCAAGCAUUACCAAAGCAGUAUGUGGGAGAGGGACAGCCAUUUCCACAGAAGCAUUCGUCUUUGGAUAAGCCAAAAGUCAUCGAUGCUUUGCACCUGUUUAAGCAGCCACAUCGAGUCACCCGCCCUGAUCAUUUUGUGAUAAUCCUACGAGGGCUUCCAGGUAGUGGAAAGAGCUACUUAGCAAAGCUGCUGCGUGACCUAGAGGUUGAAAAUGGUGGUGGUGCUCCACGAAUUCAUUCCAUGGAUGAUUAUUUUAUGACAGAAGUAGAAAAGGUGGAAGAAAAUGAUGCUUCAAAGUCUUCAAGUUCGUCUAGAGGCAAGAAGCCUGUAGUGAAGAAGGUGAUGGAGUAUUGUUAUGAACCUGAAAUGCAGGAGGCUUAUCGGUUGAGUAUGCUGAAGGCAUUUAAGAAGACCCUUGAGGAUGGUGUUUUCACCUUCGUAAUCGUGGAUGACCGCAAUCUGCGGGUAGCUGAGUUUGCUCAAUUUUGGGCAAUUGCAAAGAGUUCGGGGUAUGAAGUUUAUAUACUAGAAGCACCAUAUAAGGAUCCUGCGGGCUGCGCAGCUAGGAAUGUGCAUGGCUUUACUCAAGAAGACAUACAGAAGAUGGCUGAACAGUGGGAGGAAUCUCCAUCCAUAUACUUGCAAUUGGACGCCAAGUCAUUGUUUCAUGGAGAUGAUCUGAAGGAAAGUGGUAUUCAAGAGGUGGACAUGGAUACAGAAGAUGCAGAUAAUGAUGUUACAUCUGAAGCGAGAGAGAGAAAGCCGGAGAAGACCAUGGAACCUCCUGCUGAAGACAAUGUGCCUGAUGCCUUAGGAUCUUCAAAGGAUGUGAAGAGCUUAGAUGCUGAAGAAGAUCACCCAAGUGUAGAAGUGAAAGGACUAGGAAGGAGUAAAUGGUCAGAAAUAAUAGAUGAAGAUGAUACAGAUAAAAUUGAAGAAGUGAAGGGUAAUGCUCUUUCUGGACUGAUUCAAGCUUAUCGCAAGGAAGCGAAAUCUGUUUGCUGGAGUGACCAGGUUGGCAAUACUGGGUUUUCAAUAGCAGCAGCAAAGAAGGCAAAUGUAUCGUCCUUGGUCAUUGGUCCGGGCGCUGGAUACAACUUGAAGUCCAACCCCUUACCUGAAGAAGAGAACCCAGUCGCAACCCGUAGCACUGCUAAACCAAAGAGGCAGAACGUAUUCCAAGAUCAACUUCGUGCAGAACACGAAUCCUUCAAAGCUGUUUUUGACAGGAGGCGACAUCGAAUUGGCGGGCUUGAUUUGGAAGACGAAUAAAUCAUAGGAGCCAGGAACCUUUCCUGCAAAAUUGUUGUUGGAAUAUUAUUUACCUUAAAUGUAUCAAUUUAGCUGUUGUUAGAUCGGCACUUGAAUGAGAGCGAGCAAAUCCGUGUAAUAUGUACAACGAUUUCCCACAAGUUCAAUGAAAUCCAUCUCUUCUUACCUUUCAUUUUCAA